AACCAAUGCCUGAACUACCAUGUAGUUGUAAAGUAUUUCUAUUUUAGAUAGCACUUUAAGCAGAAGAAAGGAAACAAGGGAAAGAAAAGCGAUCCAUAUCACCUUCAUCAACAAGGUACCUCAUUAUAUACUUUACUAAAGAGGCAGGCGGUAUACUCCAACUUUCUGCAACCACCCUUAUCAACCACUUCUCCGCCGCCCGAUAUAGAAAAAAAAAAUUGUUGAAAUGAAAAGAGCAGCCAAUUACCCAUAAUCCACCGGUCCCCUUUCACAAUCGAACUAAUGACACGACCCUAACGACCAAAACUAUCCGAUCUCUCGAAAUCCAAAAAAAACACCUCCACCAUGGACCCCUCCGACCCCGUCAUCGCAUCAUACGACGUCUACCUCACAGACUCCGAAAUCUCUCGGUACGUCCUCCAAUACCUCGACCGACACCCAGAUUACCCCUACGACGAGCGCCACGGCCAAAAACCCACCUCCUUCCGCCUAAAACCUACCACGGGACUCGUCGAAGUCGACAUCCCCAUCAACACCCGCGUAAACUACGACGUCAACAAAGGCCUGAAAUACGGCGAUGCGCUGAAGAAAAGUCGCGCGCAGGAGGGCGGCGCAUUCGGUAUGGCGGGCGGGUUCAGCGGCGGUGCUGGCGGCGGGGGCAAGGUGAAGAUGGAAACAGGCGGGGACGUGGAAAUGGGCGGUACGGGAAAUGACGACUCGGCUUCUUUAUUACGGGUUCAGACGCUGGGAGGUCGCAUUAAGAUUCCGGAAGAGGGGGAUCCGGUUUAUAUGUUGGCUGCUUUUCGGGACAAUAAUCUUCAUCUUUCUCCUGUUUCGGCGGUUGUGCAGGUGCAUCCUCAGCUUCAUCAUCUAGAUGCGCUGGAUGAGAUUCCGGCUAAGGGGAAGGGGAAGGGGAGGAAGGAUGAGGAGGAGGGGGGCGGUGGGAAUGAGGCUCGGACGAUUGAUAUUAAGGUCAAGGCGGCUGAAGAUGGGGAGGCGGGGAUGUUGGCUAGUAACUUGGAUCUUUUGAAGAAGAUGCAGGAGGAGAAAUGGGGGAAGUAUGAGUGGGUUGAUGCUGAGACUGAGGAGUCGUGGCAAGUAUAUGAAAGCUACAUGAUGCAUCAAGAUUUGGAAACUCUACCGCAGUUAGAAUCGGCAAUCAAUAGUGAAGACUAUCUGGAUAGAAUGAGUGCGCCGCGGAUUGAUCCCGCAAACCCGGAGAUGACUGGAUGGGCUAUGAAGCAGAAUCGGAUGAAGCAGCGCGGAAGAGGGAGCUCUUCUAGGAGUAGGAGUGGUUCCGAAGAGGAAUGAUUCUAUUUAUGUGCAUAUACAGAAAACGGACUUAUGAAUGGCAGUCACGAAAGAUAUCCUCAAACAAUACACGAGUGAAAAAUGUAUGAUCCAUCCAUUCUGGUAGGAGAGGCAAAUUGUGGAUAGAUAAGAUUGAUAGCAAUUACAUUACUCUGUAAUUGAGCACAGUAAUUAAAAUCCGGUGUAGCGAAUGGGAGCACGAUCAUUA